GUGUGUCUAUCUGGCCUACAGACACACUUGCUCCCUUUGCGAUCAGGUGCUCGAAUAUUGAAACAUUACUUGACUCCUUCCAAUAUCGGGUUGGCUUUCCCCGCUGCCCAGGAACAUCCCACCACAACCUCCCGUUAGACUUAUCAAGGCAGCAACCUCGAAGCACUUGCACACUAAAACUGAACGUUCUUACCACGCCAACCGAUGGCCGGUUUCCAAAGAUACUUCAACGCCCGCAACACGCUUAUCGCCGCUGUCGUCAUCACGCUUUUCGGAGGCUACUACAUCUCUCAAUCACCCAGUCCCAGCUCUUUCACUAUGUCGCAGACAUCUAGCGAAGUCCCAGGACUGUCACUAUCGCUAUCGCAAAUCUCAAAGAGCCCGCCAACACUGCGCGUCACGCUGAAAAACGAUAGCCCAGACACCCCCUACACGCUCCUCAAAUGGGGUACACCGCUUGAUGAUGCAGCGCUGAACACUGGUGUCUUCAAGAUCACCGACGCAGAUUCGGGCGCUGAGGUCGAGCAGGUGACUUUGCAGAUCAGGAGGAAGAUGCCACCUGGGCAGGACCAGCUUGCGGGUGUGAACCCUGGAGAGGAAGGGAGUAUUGAGGUUGUUUUUGACAGGCCGUGGAUGCCUGAGACGAAGCCGGCAAAGUACAAGGUCAAGGCAGAGGGGUUGUUGAAGGGCAUUUGGGAUCGACCUAAGAGCGAGGUGACGGAUGACGAUACGAAUGAGUACACGGAAAGUCCGCUGGCAGGGAGGAUCUUCAUUACGAACGAGGUUGAGCUCGUUGUGGAGUAACUCUGGUAGUAUCCUAG